CUUCCCGCUAGCUUGACGUCGCUUCUGACGUUGUCUGUGUUUCAUGUUUUGUUAGCUAAUCUGAGCUAGCUAGAUGUCGACUGGACGAACUUAAUCAACAGAUGAAUAUAUGCGCAUGAAACGGUUCAAACCCCACUCCUAGUCAGAGGGGGAGGAUGGCUCAUCGAUGUUCCCCACCUUUGCCUUCUUCGUCCCAGAGGACCGAGCACCUGGAGCCGGAUAACGACUCCGACGGGGACUCUGGUGUCGGGGAGGAUGCUGACAGUUGCCAUGGAGGAGCAGCAGCAGAAGAAGAAGACGAGGAAGUCAACAAGCGAAGGGAGGGAGAGGGUUCUGCCGUUUUUAUCGCCUUCCAGGGGAAUAUGGAGGAUGAGGACUUCUCUCAAAAACUCGAGUCUAUCCUCAGUGGCAUACCAAACAUGCUUGAUAUGGGCUCUGAGAGGCUGCAGCCACAGCAUGUGGAGCCGUGGAACAGCGUGCGGGUUACCUUCAACAUUCCUCGGGAUGCUGCGGAGCGGCUCAGGCUGUUGGCCCAGAACAACCAGCAGCAGCUCAGAGACCUGGGGAUCCUCUCUGUGCAGAUAGAAGGAGAAGGGGCCAUCAACGUGGCUGUGGGACCAAACCGGGGACAGGAAGUCAGAGUGAACGGACCAAUUGGAGCAGCUGGCCAGAUGAGAAUGGAUGUUGGCUUUCCAGGUCAGCCUGGUCCAGGAGUGGUGAGGAUGGCUAACCCGGCGAUGGUUCCCCCUGGACCCGGCAUGGCGGGUCAGGCGAUGGUACCAGGCAGCAGUGGACAGAUGCGUCCUCGUGUUCAGAGACCUUCUUCACAGACAGGUUCAGAUGUUAUGGAUCCGAUGAUGCCGGGUAUGUCAGUUCAGCAGCAACAGCAACUUCAGCACCAACAGGCUGGUCCCCCCCAUGUCUCAGGCCCAAUGCCCCCUCAGGCUGCCCAUCACAUGCAGGCUCUGCAGGGCGGGAGACCCCUCAACCCCGCCGCCCUGCAGCAGCUUCAGCAGCAGCAACACCACCAACAGCAGCAGCAACAGGCCCAGCAGCAAGCUCAGCUGUCUCAGCUUGGACCUAGACCUCCGUUCAACCCAUCAGGUCAGAUGGCUGUGCCUCCUGGCUGGAACCAGUUGCCCUCUGGGGUCCUCCAGCCAGCAGCCCCCCAAGGAGGCCCUGCCUGGAGAAAGCCGCCACCGCAAGCCCAAAUGGUUCCACGUCCUCCCUCUCUUGCUACGGUUCAGACUCCCAGCCACCCUCCGCCCCCUUACCCAUUUGGCAGCCAGCAGGCUGGGCAGGUGUUCAAUGCCAUGGGUCAGGGACAAUUACAGCAGCAACAGCAGCCAGGAGUGGGUCAGUUUGCCGCCCCCCAGCCUAAAGGCCUACAGGUCGGCCCUGGUGGUGUCGCGGGACCACCCAGACCCCCUCCGCCCCUUCCACCAACUUCUGGACAGCAGGGCAACCUCACUGCCAAGUCCCCUGGUUCCUCCUCGUCUCCUUUUCAGCAGGGUUCGCCGGGGACUCCUCCCAUGAUGGUUCAGAGACCGACGACUCCACAGGGUUUCCCCCAGGGCGUCGGAUCACCGGGAAGAGCCGCCCUCGGGCAACCGGGUAACAUGCAACAAGGUUUCAUGGGAAUGCCCCAGCAUGGACAGCCUGGGGCCCAAGUUCACCCAGGCAUGCCGAAGCGUCCUAUGGGCUUUCCAAACCCAAACUUUGUCCAAGGUCAGGUGAGUGCCAGCACCCCAGGAGCCGCUGUUGGAGGAGCCAAUCAGCAGCUACAGAGCAGCCAAGUGAUGACUCACACAGGAGCUCCGCCGUCAGCCUCUGCACCAAACUCGAUGCAGGGUCCACCCCACGCCCAGCCCAAUGUUAUGGGUGUACAAAGUGGCAUGGCCGGUCUGCCCCCUGGUACAACCGCUGGGCCCGGUAUGGGCCAGCAGCAGCCUGGUCUCCAGACCCAGAUGAUGGGCCUCCAGCAUCAGGUCCAGCCCGUGUCUUCCUCCCCCAGCCAGAAGGUUCAAGGCCAGGGUGGAGGUCAGACUGUCCUCUCAAGGCCCCUCAGUCAAGGGCAGAGAGGAGGGAUGACCCCACCCAAGCAAAUGAUGCCUCAGCAAGGCCAGGGGGUGAUGCAUGGGCAGGGUCAGAUGGUUGGGGGCCAAGGGCACCAGGCCAUGCUCCUGCAGCAGCAGCAGCAGCAACAACAACAACAACAGCAGCAACAAAACUCCAUGAUGGAACAAAUGGUUGCCAACCAGAUGCAAGGCAACAAGCAGGCAUUUGGAGGCAAGAUUCCAGCUGGAGUCAUGCCCGGCCAGAUGAUGCGUGGCCCUGCUCCAAACGUUCCAGGUAACAUGGUUCAGUUCCAGGGCCAGGUUGGCACUCAGCAGAUGACUCCACAACAGCAGCAGCAAAUGGCUCAACUCCAACAACAGCAGUUACAACAGCAGCAGCAGCACCAGUUGCAGCAACAGCAGCUGCAGCAGCAGCAACAGCAACAACACCAGCAGAUGAACCAGCAACAGCCCCAGCAGGUUCCUAUUGCUGGCAACCCUAAUCAGGCAAUGGGCAUGCAUGGGCAACAGAUGAGGCUCCCUGCUGGUCAUCCUCUUAUCCAACAGCAGUUGCUACAGCAGCAGCAGAAACAGCAGCAACAGGCCAUGUUACAACAGCAGCAGCAGCAGCAGCAACAACAACAACAACAACAACAGGCAGCUCAACAGCACCCUCAUCCUUUGGGAGAUCCUAAUAGUGGGACAGGGGACUUGGGGGUCCAACAGAUGGUCCCUGAUAUGCAGGCGCAGCAGCAAGGCAUGAUCGGGGGCCCUCAGCACAUGCAGAUGGGAAAUGGCCACUUUGCAGGUCAUGGCAUGAACUUUAACCCACAGUUCCAAGGUCAGAUGCCGAUGGCGGGAGCCUGCGUACAGCCAGGAGGCUUUCCCGUCAGCAAGGAUGUAACGCUGACUAGCCCACUGUUGGUCAACCUGCUGCAGAGCGAUAUCUCAGCCAGCCAGUUUGGACCAGGAGGAAAACAGGGAGCAGGUGCGGGCAAUCAGGCCAAACCCAAAAAGAAGAAACCGGCACGAAAGAAGAAGCCCAAAGAGGGAGAGGGACAACAGCAAGUCGAGGGACUUGGUGGUCUUGAUGUGGCUGCUGGCAUGGAGGAUUCCGAACUGCCAAAUCUGGGUGGGGAACAGAGUUUGGGUUUAGACAACUCCGGCCAGAAACUCCCCGAGUUUGCCAACAGGCCUGCAGGCUUUCCUGGCCAGCCUGGAGACCAGAGAGUAUUACAGCAGGUACCAAUGCAAUUUAUGCAGCAGCAGCAGCAGCAACAACAACAACAACAACAACAACAACAACAACAGCAGCAGCAGCAACAAAUGCAACAGCAGCAAAUACAGCAACAACAGCAGCAACAAUUACAACAACAGCAGCAGCAGCAGAUGCAACAGUUGCAGAUGCAAGGUCUCCAGAAUACUCAGGGGCAGCAGGUGAUGACGGGGCCACAGACUUCAGGUCAAGGCCAGCCUCAGAUGCACCCUCACCAGCUGCAGCAGCAGCAGCAGCAGCAGCAGCAGCAGCAACAACAACAACAACAACAACAACAACAACAACAGCAGCAGCAGCAAACUCAACAGCCACACCUGCUACAACAGCAACAACAACAGCAGCAGAUGAUGAUGAUGCUGAAGAUGCAGCAGGAGCAGGCAAAGAAUCGCAUGUCCAUCCCUCCCGGAGGGCAGAUCCCUCCUAGGGGUAUGGGCAAUCCACCGGAGGUGCAGAGGCUUCCUGUCUCACAGCAAAGCAACAUGCCUGUAAUGAUCAGCCUUCCAGGACAUGGAGGGGUACCGCCGUCACCUGACAAAGCAAGAGGGAUGCCCCUGAUGGUGAACCCACAGCUUGCAGGAGCUGCGCGAAGAAUGUCCCAUCCUGAUGGAGGGCAGGGUCCUCAAGGCACUGGAUCUGAAGAAGCCAUUGCAGGGGCUCACCCGAAGCAGCCUGGCGGCCCAGAAGUUGGGGUGCAGCAUCCUGGAAAUGGAACCCAACAAAUGAUGGCCAAUCAGGUCUCCAACGCUCACAUGAUGAAGCAAGGCCCUGGUCCAUCACCAAUGCCCCAGCACACCGGAGCCAGUCCCCAGCAGCAGCUACCUAGUCAGCCUCAGCAAGGAGGCCCCAUGUCGGGCCUUCAUUUCCCCAAUGUCCCCACAACCUCACAGAGCUCCAGGCCCAAAACCCCCAACAGAGCCAGCCCCAGGCCGUACCACCAUCCCCUCACCCCGACUAAUCGUCCACCCAGUACCGAACCCUCCGAAAUCAACCUUUCACCUGAGAGGCUUAAUGCCUCUAUUGCAGGGCUGUUUCCUCCCAAAAUCAACAUUCCUCUGCCUCCCAGGCAGCCUAACCUAAACAGGGGAUUUGAUCAGCAAGGUCUUAACCCGACAACUCUGAAAGCCAUUGGGCAGGCCCCUCCUAGCUUAAAUUUACCAGGCAACAACAACAACAACGGCAGUGUGGGUGGAAAUAACAGUCAACAGCCGUUCUCUGCUGGAGCUGGAGUAGGAGGUGUAGGCGCUAAACAGGACAAGCAGCCUGGAGGCCAGGCUAAGAGGGCGAGUCCCAGCAAUAGCCGGAGGUCCAGUCCAGCCUCGAGCCGUAAGUCGGCCACCCCAAGUCCAGGGAGACAAAAGGGGACAAAGAUGGCCAUCAACUGCCCUCCGCCCCAGCAGCAAAUGGUUAACCCUCAGGGGCAAACCAUGAUGCUAAGCCCUACCUCAGUACCCCCAAAUCCAGUAUCUAUGCCGUCUCAAGUGAGUGGGGCCGUAGAGGCACAGCAGACCCAGAGCCCCUUCCACGGGAUGCAAGGUAACACCGCUGAGGGAAUCAGGGAAAGUCAGGGAAUGAUGACAGCAGAGCAGCGACAGAUGCCUCAGCCACAGCCUUUGAGGGAGUUAUCAGCUCCCAGAAUGGCAAGUCCUCGUUUCCCGUUGCCUCAGCAGCCUAAAUCUGACUUGGAACCGAAGGCCGGCGCAGUUGAUAGGCUCCCGGGGCAAACGGCACCUUUGCAGGACUCCGAGGCCUCGCCUACUCUCAGGGCAGCGCCAACCUCCCUCAACCAGUUGCUGGAUAACUCGGGUAUGGCAAACAUGCCUCCUCGGCCCGCACAGAUUAGUACUGUUAGGGAUGUUAUGGGAAAGGACAGCCCCAAGUCUGCUUUGGAUCCAGAGAGACCGCUCCACAGUAAUACCCAGAGCACAGAUGUGUCAGCUGCUGUCGCUAUAAAUGUAUCGGAAGCUAAACCCAAAACUGCUGUCCCAAUCCCGACCAGUAGUCCUAAUUUGCAUCCUGCCUCAAUUUCCAGCUCGCACCCUAGCACUAACCCAACCUCUAAUACUACCCCCAGCCUUAGCCAGAACCCCAUCUCAAGUCUCGGUGUCCACCCCAGUCCAAAUGUAAACCCAACACCUACCAUCUGCACCACCCUCAGUACUAACACGAAUGCCACCACGAGUGGAAGCCCCAACCCAGUCACUUCCAGUCAAAGCAGUCCCGCCUUGACUGUCAGCACCAGUUCUAACUCCAGCUCAGCUCCGAAACCUAGUCCUAAACCGGUGACAAGUGUUCACUCGGUCAUACAGAUCCCUGCCUCUUCGAGUGCAAUUUCCCCCAAUCAGAUCACUGUGUUUGUCACCUCUAACCCCAUAACCCUUCCCCCUCCUCCCCAGGCACCCACAUCUAUGGCCUCCACCAUGGUGGCUGUCCCCAACAAGAACAUUAGACCUCAGGACAUCCGGCAGCAGGCCCCUGUCCCCCGCCCUCCUCAGUUUAUCACCGCCACCCCUGUAUUUAUCAACUCAAAUUUCCAGGUCCCCGGUGCAUCUGUGGCUCCCAAUACCACAAUGGUGUCACAGUCAGUCACGAUGGUGGGGCCUAUCAAAGUGUCCGCUGCGAACAUCCAACUUUCUCCUGCCCCGAGCUCCACCCAGUCCUCGGGGGCUAGCAUGACCAGCACUCAGCCUACCAGGAGUGCUGUUGGACAGGUCCAGAUUGCCACCAGUGUGUCCUCAUCAGUCCCAGUUGGUACUCCGCCAGCACCUCAGCAAAUUAACCCAGGGGCUCCCAAAACAGAAAAUCUAGGUGAGGCACUUUCUGCUCAAAAACCUAGUCCCCCAGUACGGCAGCUGUCUCCCCAUCCCAGCCCUUCGGCAUCAUCUCCCUUCCAGGCACCCCUGGCUUCUCCUCCUCUCUGCUCUAGUCCCGGGGCUGCUAACGCCAUCCGAAAGAGCCCCAUGUCGCCACCACCCGCUGCCCAGGUGAAAGGUAAACCUGCACAGGCGGUUGUGUCUGGUACAGCUGACUCCCAGCAGAGUCCUGUAGAAAGGCCUGCGCAGGGGCCCACCGGAGCGGUGCCACCACAGGCCUUUCAUCCUCCUGCUAGUCCUGCCAUCCAGAUUGAAGUACUGGCUCCCCAUACUAGUGCUGCUGCUUCGAACAACAUUUCUCCGCCUGCUGUCUCCUCUCCAUCCCCAGCUCCUGGCCAGGUGGCUGUUCCCACUCAGAUUAUCACCCAGGCUCCAGUGCCCGCACCAGCUUCAGUCUCAAACCAGGCCCAGGUUGGACCUUCUCAAGCUCCUACAGUCACUGUAGUCGGUGCCACCACAGGUGUCUCGUCUGCUACUUUGCUCUCUACGGUUGCUUCCGUACAAAGCCCCAUACCGUCCAUUGUUCCAAUUAUCGCUGGACCUGGACCUGCUCUGGAGGUUGCCCCCACCACAUCCUCUCCAGCUGCAAACCCCAGCGGAGUUCCACCAGCUCAGCCUAACACCCCAGCUGUGGAGCCCCCCAUGCUGCCAGCUGCUGCAUCUGUAGAAACCACUCAGACCACCCCAGCACCUAUUCAACAAGUCCCACCAUCCCAGGAACCUGCCGCCAGUGAGAAGACGGGUGAAGAGGUCUCGACAGGUUCUGAGCAGGGAUGGGCAAAGAAAAGAAAGACGCCAAUCAACUUAGUCCCAAGGGCCGCGGUGGAGAAGCCUAAGGGCCCGAGCAGACGCAGCUCCCGGGCAGAGAAGGAGGUGGAGGAGGAGCCGGUAGCAGACAGCGGCGUCAGGAAGCGAUCGGCCAGGCCGGGAACCAGCGCUGCUGUUAAAGAAACUGGAGCGAGCCCCACGCAGGCCAAACGAAGGAAGUCUAAAUAGACACAACCAGCGUUGUGUGAAGCCUGUGAACCGUACUGUAAAUGUUUCUCUGUGAAUCCGUUCCGCUGCCCCCCCCCCACACUCCCCCUAGAUUAUGAACUCUUCAGUGGAGGAAGAAACCAAUGUACAGAUUGUGUUUUAAAAUAAUUAUUGUCCAUGCUUAUCAUGUGAGAUUGUAGUUAGAAUGUGUGCAAUACAGUAUGUGUUGUUGUUUUCUGUUUGUUUUUAUAUAUAUAUAUUGAAUGCUGGAUUAAUCAUGUGAAGACUGACGAUGGAGCUUGUCAUGAUUGUAUAAUUAUGUUGUAAAACUGAAUUAAAUUUUCUACUGCUUUUUGUCCUGUGA